ACAUUGUGAGCCCCUGCGAAUGCCUCUGGUGUGUAACAGGAAGCUGAGCUCAUUCCGUCACUGGCUGCUCACACUCAGUUUGAAAGGAAACAAGAGGCUUGAGAAGUGACUUGUGUUCCUAGAGAGGGGAGAGACGAGUCGAAGGGCUGUGCCCACUCAAUUGUAAACUAAGACCCCAUUCUGCAGGAGGACCCCCCUAUCCCCUCUCUGCAUUAGCUUGGGGACAGCGCUGGAUAAGAAGAGCAGAAAUCAACACACGGGCAUAUGACUGUGCCAUUCAGGGCACUAACAGUUCCGCAAACUGCAACUCCCAGCAUCCCCUGUGGGCAAAAGAAAAAAGACUGUAGCUGUGACAGCUAAUCCUCAGCAUCCCCAGCUAUGUGAAGGAAACCACUGCUUGUCUGUCUGGCUAAAAGAGGUCUAAUUGGGUUCCCAUACAGCAGCUGAAGAUUUUCUAAAAAUGAAUCCAGUCCCUAAUGUGACAUCAACCCCCGUGGCAGAUAGAGAACAUUCUUUUUUCAACGAGUGCACACUGCUACCGACUAAACUCUUUGGAAACUGUUCUGCAAGGGACUCCUUUGAUUUGGGGAAUACGAGCACCAGCCUCGACGGUUCAUUCUCAAGUGGUUUUUUCUCUCCGUGUCGGCACAGUCCUCGUCUACUCACCAAUGGUUAUUAUGUGCUGGAUGAAGACAGCUUUGCUUAUGAUGAUGAGGGGAACAUCUCCUUAGAACCCACCAAGUCCAUUGUGUCAUAUAAGGAGAACAUUGCAAGAAUAUUUAGAAGAAAACGCAGACAUAUGUCUCAAAGGAGCCUCAAUUCAAUGGAUGAUAUUAAUCAAGUGGGGUCCUUUCUUCUGGGGGAGCUCUGGGAUGUAGACAUUGACCUCUCUGAAGACAAAUCCACCCAAAGUUCAGAUCGAUGUGCCUUCAUAUAUAAUGAGAAGAACUGGACUCCAACAACGCUGUGUUCUGAGCCAUCUCAAUAUUCCCCUGGUAAACAAGCCGGAUUGAUGCUCUUACAGCCAUCAGGUCAUGAAUGUCCCACCCCAGCCAAUGGUACGUUCCAUGAGGGCCAUGCAGCUAAAUCAGGCUGGAGUGAGGGAAAAAGGUGGAUGAAUCAAGUUCUCUUUUUCUCUAUAAUCAUCAUCAUCCUUAUUCUGUGGGCCAGGUUUGGCCUCUACGAAGUGAUCUCUGCCCUGCUGACCGCAUUUCUGCUGAUCCGAUUAUUCUCUCUUCUCUUGCAACCGCCACAAUCCUUUCUCGGGGCUCGAACCUUUAACAAGAAGGUCACCUGAAACUCAGCCUCGCAAUGUUCCACUCCAGCUGGGAUCGAUCAACUGAGAAGCCAACAUAAGCCUUAAUGUCUCUUUUCUACCUGCAUUUUAUGUGCUAAACCCUUAACAUAUCGUUUAGUUAAUGCACAGUGACAAUCAAUGGAAGUAAAGUGUAUUAGGUUAGCGGAUUAUACUAACUAUAGUAUGGGACGUUUAUACAAGUGGGAUGUGCACCGCACUGCAUUCUGGCCGAAUACCGAAUCCGAAUCCGAAUUUGCAUAUGCAAAUUAGGGGUGGGAAGGAGAAAACAUUU